CGGCGGAGCGCGCUCCCGGCUCCAGGCGCUGCCUGCCUCCCCUCGCCGCUUUCAGCCCCGACGGUAAACUCACCCCGGGAGGAAGAGCCAGGCUUCGCUGGGAGAGAGGAGUGGUUUCUCCCUGGCUGACCCUAGUGAGAAGAGGGCCAGCAGAAGCAUGCGUCUAGAGAGUAAAGACGGCCAGCUGGCCUCCGGCGUGCUGGAGAUGGAGAUACAUCAGACGUCUGCCCCCGCGAGUGCUGGCCGGGGCGGACCGGGGCUGGUGGGGCCCGACACCAGCAACCGCAGGCCACAGCGGGGAGUCCGCCAGGCAGACCCCCUGGGCCCCCACCCCCGGGGGGCAGCCGGGCGGAGCUGCUGGGCUGCCGUGGACCCGGAUUUGGACUCGUUCCUCACGGAGCAGAGGUCUCGCUCUCCUUUACCCCCGUUCUUCAGCACCAGGUCUAAAGACCCCUGCUUUACAGAAAACACUCCUUUGCUGAGGAAUUUCUCACAAGAGAAAGGGCCACGGCGCAUGCCCGUUUGCCAUUCGGAGUCCAUCACUGCUGAAGACUCUUGGGAGAGCAGCUCGGCUGAGUGGGAGGGAGAAUCCCUAUUGGCAGGUUCUUCUGGAUCUGCCUCCCCAGAGAAGGGAGAGCUUCUGGACAGCACUCCCAUCAGGUUCCGCCGUCUUUCCAAGCUGAGGUGCUGUGUGCGGUGGCUGAAAGUCUCAGGCUUGUUUGUCUUUGUGGUGCUGUGCACUGUUUUAUUUAGCCUGUAUCCAGAUCAAGGGAAGUCCUGGCAGUUGUUGGCGGUGUCACCACUGGAAAGCUACUCCGUGAACCUCAGCAGCCACGCAGACUCCACGUUGCUCCAGGUGGACCUGGCAGGGGCCCUGGUGGCCAGCAGCCCAACUCAUCUCGAGAGAGAAGAGCACCUGGUGGUGGAGGUGACCCAGGCCAACGCGCCAGGCUCCCGGCGGCGGUGGCCCCAGCAGGUCACUCACAACUGGACGGUAUUUUUAAAUCUGAGAAGAAGUGAGCGCGUGGUGGUCAGCAGGACCUUUGAAGUUCUGAGCAGGGAACCUGUUUUCAUCAGCGUUCGAGUGUCCCUCCAGCAGACCCAGAUGGUUCCUCUUUUGAUGGCCCAUCAGUACCUCCGCGCAAGCGUGGAAGCACAAGUGACCAUCGCUGCGGUCAUCCUCACCGCGGUCUACGUGCUGAUUAUAUUUGAGAUCGUUCACAGAACCCUGGCAGCUAUGUUGGGUUCCCUUGCGGCGUUAGCAGCCCUGGCUGUGAUUGGUGACAGGCCCAGCCUGACCCACGUGGUGGAGUGGAUUGAUUUCGAGACCCUGGCUCUGCUGUUUGGAAUGAUGAUCUUAGUAGCCAUAUUUUCAGAAACUGGAUUUUUUGAUUACUGCGCUGUAAAGGCGUACCGACUGUCCCGGGGCCGGGUGUGGGCCAUGAUCAUCAUGCUGUGUCUCAUCGCCGCCGUCCUUUCUGCCUUCCUGGACAACGUCACCACUGCCCUCCUCUUCACUCCCGUGACCAUAAGAUUGUGUGAGGUGCUCAACCUUGAUCCAAGACAAGUCCUGAUUGCAGAAGUGAUCUUCACGAACAUUGGAGGGGCUGCUACUGCCAUUGGGGACCCGCCAAAUGUCAUUAUUGUUUCCAACCAGGAGCUGAGGAAGAUGGGCCUGGACUUCGCCGGAUUCACAGCACACAUGUUCGCUGGGAUUUGCUUCGUUCUCUUGUUCUCCUUUCCGCUCCUCAGGCUCCUCUACUGGAACAAAAAGCUUUAUAACAAGGAGCCCAGUGAAAUUGUUGAACUGAAGCACGAGAUUCAUGUCUGGCGCCUGACCGCACAGCGCAUCAGCCCCGCCAGCCGUGAGGAGACCGCGGUUCGAGGCUUGCUCCUGGAGAAGGUGCUGUCGCUGGAGCGCCUGCUGGCCCGGAGGCUGCACAGCUUCCACAGACAGAUCUCACAGGAAGAUAAAAAUUGGGAGACCAAUAUCCAGGAGCUACAAAAAAAGCACGGAAUAUCAGACAGGACUCUGCUCGCCAAAUGCCUGAUGGUGUUGGGACUUGUUAUUUGCAUGUGCUUUCUGAACUCAUUUGUCCCUGGUGUUCAUCUCGAUCUCGGGUGGAUAGCUGUUCUGGGGGCCAUCUGGUUGCUAAUUUUAGCUGAUAUCCAUGAUUUUGAGAUAAUUCUACACCGAGUAGAAUGGGCAACCCUUCUAUUCUUUGCAGCACUCUUUGUUCUGAUGGAGGCGUUGGCACAUCUCCACUUAAUUGAAUAUGUCGGCGAACAGACUGCUUUGCUAAUAAAGAUGGUCCCAGAAGAUCAGCGCCUCGCAGCUGCCAUCAUCUUGGUGGUCUGGGUCUCGGCCAUUGCAUCGUCCCUGAUUGACAACAUCCCCUUCACUGCUACCAUGAUUCCUGUGCUCCUGAACUUGAGCCAAGACCCCGAGGUCAGCCUGCCUGCACCACCGCUCAUGUAUGCCCUGGCCCUUGGCGCCUGCCUAGGAGGCAACGGGACACUGAUUGGAGCAUCAGCCAACGUGGUUUGUGCCGGAAUUGCAGAGCAGCAUGGGUAUGGAUUCUCUUUCAUGGAAUUUUUCAGGUUGGGCUUCCCAAUGAUGGUCGUCUCCUGCACGGUUGGGAUGUGCUACCUCCUAAUCACCCACGUCGUGAUGGGCUGGAAUUGAUAGCUCUCCAGUGUGUGAAGACUAAGGUAAACUUGAUCCAUCACCAACAUCAGUGAAAACUGCCCCACUGGGGGUGCUCUGGAAUGGAGACUUUGGCACACACACUUUUACUUGGGUGCAUGCUGGCAAAUACAAAAAUAUAUUUUGCUUUGCUCUGUAGGAAAAGCCACAAAUGCUAGAAUCCACUCCAAAUGGCUCAUGUUGUUUAAAUGUCACUUUUCCUGAGGCUUUCAGUAGUUUUCUUCAUGUAAUCACUUUUCAUGUUAAAAUAAUCUACAUUCAAAUUGUACACCCUCUGAAUACAUACUCUUCUUUGGAAAGGCAGACAGUUUAUAAAGAAACUUUAUAUGUGUUAAAAAAAUAUAUUAU